CCCUCUACAGAUAAACAUUAAAACAUAAGAAAUCUUAAAUUAAAAAUGGCUGAACAAAGUUCGGUUGAACGGUGGAUAACAGUUGCAAAAGAUUGUAAAUAUCUUCCAGAAAAUGACUUGAAAAAAUUGUGUGAGCAUGUGUGUGAGCUGCUUCUAGAAGAGUCGAAUGUUCAACCAGUGAGCACGCCUGUCACAGUAUGCGGUGAUAUACAUGGACAGUUUUACGAUUUAGAAGAGUUAUUCAGAACCGGCGGGCAGGUACCUGAUACAAACUAUGUAUUCAUGGGUGAUUUUGUAGAUCGUGGAUAUUACAGUUUGGAAACACUUACUCGAUUACUCACAAUCAAAGCCAAAUGGCCAGACAGAAUCACGCUACUCAGAGGUAACCAUGAAAGUCGUCAAAUAACCCAAGUGUAUGGUUUUUAUGAUGAAUGUCAAACAAAAUAUGGUAAUGCGAAUGCAUGGAGGUACUGCAAUAAAGUCUUUGAUCUUCUCACAGUAGCAGCAAUUAUUGAUGAGCAAAUUCUAUGUGUUCAUGGUGGACUGUCACCUGAUGUCAAGACCUUGGAUCAAAUACGCACUAUUGAGCGUGCUCAGGAGAUUCCACACAAGGGUGCCUUUUGUGAUCUUGUCUGGUCAGAUCCAGAGGAUGUUGACACUUGGGCAAUUAGUCCACGCGGGGCAGGAUGGCUUUUUGGGGCAAAGGUUACAAAUGAGUUUGUCCACAUAAACAACUUAAAACUGAUAUGUAGAGCGCAUCAACUAGUCCAUGAAGGUUACAAAUAUAUGUUCGACGAGAAACUUGUGACUGUGUGGAGCGCCCCCAACUAUUGUUAUCGAUGUGGCAAUAUAGCAUCUAUCAUGGCCUUUCGUGAUACGAAUAGUAAAGAACCAAAGCUGUUUCGUGCCGUGCCUGACAACGAAAGGGUUAUACCGACCAGGACUACGACACCCUAUUUCUUGUAGUAUUUUUUGAAUGCAAUUAAAAUACAGGUAUUAAGUAUGUGACAGAUUGAGUUCUUAGCUAUUUUUUGUUCAGCUCAUCCCAAAUAACAUCCUUUCUUUCAAAAAUUAUUAUUUUUAUUAUUAUUAUUAAUAAUUUUAAUAUAAAUAAUGAUUCACAUAUGUAUGCCCUGUAAUGCAUUAUUUUGUUUGUAUAAUAAUUGUAACAAUAAUAAUGAUAGUUAAUAAAUUGUAUAACAUAAUCUAUGUAUAUAGAUGCCUAAUCUGAUGUAAUGUAAUUUAUUAUAAUCAUAAUUACUGUACUGUUAUUGCCACUACUGUUCAUCUUAUCAUUAUUAUAUUUACUGUUGUUAUUAUAUUGCUAUUAUUAUUUAUGACUUUAUUUU